CUCUCUCUCUCUCUCUCUCUCCGCCGCUCCUCUCUCUCUCUCUCUCUACUCACAGUUACUCUCCUCCUCCUCCUCCUCCUUCUUCUUCUUCUUCUUCUUCUUCUUCUGUUUCUUUACUUCGUCGGUGCCGGGAUCACAUGUGCGGUGGCUACUUGAGGUCGUGGUUUCAGUUUUGGGGGUUUUCUGUUGGACUGAAGGUUUUUGCUGUUGGAGUAAAGGGCCAUGGAUUACGAUCCUCCUGAUAGCAGUGGUACAGAUGAUGAUCUUCCUCCUUCACAUCCAAAUAGAUUUCCAAGGGCGGGCUCAGCUGCUGGAAACGUGAGAUCUGAUGUUUUUGGUACUGCUCAAUUCCUUCCUAUGGAUAUGGAGAUCAAGAUCCACCACAUAGAACAAGAAGCAUAUAUUUCAGUUCUUCGGGCAUUUAAAGCACAAUCUGAAGCCAUUACUUGGGAGAAAGAAAGUUUAAUUACUGAACUUAGAAAAGAACUGAGAGUAUCUGAUGAGGAACAUAGAGAUCUUCUAUCCAGGGUUAAUGCUGAUGACAUCAUUAGGAGAAUAAGGGAGUGGAGGAAGGCAAGUGGGCUCCAACCGGGCAUGCGCGGCAAUAGCCAACUUGUUCAUCGUCACAUGUGUAGUCCUACUGUUUCAGCAUUAGGCAAGAAUCAGAAGACAUUACAAUCACUCGCUUCGUUAUCCCUGGAUGCACCAUCCCCUGAAUUGCAUCCAUCCAUGCAGCCAUUGUCAUCAGCCUUGAAGCGAGGUCCUGCUUCAGGAGCCAGAGGCAAGAAACCAACAUCAUACCCUUGUACAGGUUUCGCUGGAAGGAUCCAAAUCCAAAAGCCGGGUUUUUCAGACACCUUUGCAGUAGAUAAACCUGCAAAAGCAGCAAACUUUGAUCCAUUAAUUGGAAGGAAAGUUUGGACAAGGCGCUGUGCAGAUAAAAAAUUCUACGAGGCUGUUAUAACUGACUACAAUCCCAAUGAGGGCCGGCAUGCUCUGUUAUAUGAUAUUAAUACAGCAGAUGAAGCAUGUGAAUGGGUCAAUCUCAAAGAGAUGUCACCGCGAGACAUUCGGUGGGAUGGCGAGGAUCCCACAGUUCCUUCUAGAGGCGAACGUGGAUUUCAGAAGUCUAUGGCCCGUGGUGGUGCAGUUGGUGGUGGUGGAAGAGGUAAAGGGACGACAAAGAGUCAGUCGAAGAAAGAUUUAUAUCCAUUGCGAAAUGGAAUUGGGAGGAAGGCGGCCUUGGGUGAUAUUGAAAUACUUCAUACUGAUAUUCUAAUUAAGGAGGUGGAGAAAGUUAUGAGUGCUAGCCAACCGGAUCCUUUGGAGGUUGAGAAAGCAAAGAAAGUGCUUAAAGAGCAGGAAGAAGCCCUAGUUGAUGCAAUUGCAAGGAUUGAACAUGCUUCUCUCUGUGAAAGUGCGGAUAGAGAGCAUCAGUUCUCGCACAGGCGAUCAAUGGGGCCGGCAGAGAUGGAGAAAACAGAAGUAUAAUCAUCUGGUAGAAGGUAGAGUAGUUUGAAAGCUCAGUUGGAAACAAGAUGAAUAGAGAUGCAAGGGAAAAAGAUGAUGGUUAUGACCAUUUUGGUUAUAGCAGUAGCUAGUUUGUAGGUCAGUGUGCCUUACUGUUGAAUAAUCACCAGCCAGAGUGAAGAGCUGGUUUGUAGUACAUGUGAAUAAAGUCUAGUUUGAGUAGAGGUUUUUCAAUACGCUUUCAAUUGUAUUUUAAGUUUUUAGCAUAAUCAGGGGAAGCUGGAAAUAUGCUUGUGUAACAAAUUUUAUGCGGAACUAUUUGUGAAAAUGUAAAGAACGAAUGGUAAUGUUGGCAUU